AUGAUGCUCCCGCGCAGCAUAUACAAUGAAUCACCACCAGAACGCCGCACCCGCGCGACCAACAACCCGACCCUCCUCUACAGCUGGUGGUGUACCAUCUUCUCGCUCGUCAUCAUCGGGUUCCGGCUGUCCGGGCGCUACAUUCGCAACGAACGACUGUUCAGAGAAGACAAGAUCAUGGCUCUGAGCAUCAUUCCCCUCAUCGCGCGUAUGUGCUUCGUGCAUGUAGUUCUUAUCUGGGGCACCAAUAAUGUCAACGUCAGCGCCUUGACUGACCCUGUCAAAAUCCGGCACCGGGAGAUCGGGUCGCAGAUGGUGCUUGCAGCGAGAGUGUUCUACGCCAUGUUCAUAUGGAUGGCCAAGUACACCGUGUCCGAGUUCCUCAAACGCUUGACUGAGCGAUUUUGGAAGAAGGGAUAUGAGUGGGGACUGCGCGCCAUCCGGAUCUUCCUGGCUUUUACCUUCCUCGCCGUCCUGGUCGCAACACUUGCCGAAUGUCAGCCUUUCACACACUACUGGCAGGUCAAGCCCACUCCAAAGCCACAAUGCCGGCAAGGCUUCGCGCAGCUGAUCACCAUGGGCGUUGCCGAUAUCAUCACGGACAUUCUUCUAAUUGCCUUUCCCAUCCCUAUCAUCGUCCACUCAGGCAUGCCACUGAAGCGCAAAAUCUCACUCAUAGGGCUCUUCUCGCUGUCGGCCGUGCUCAUCGUCAUCACAGGAGCACGCGUUCCGAUGGUCAUUGACAGGCGCGGCAUCCAGCAGUUUCGCUCAAUGUUCGCAUCUUCUGAGAUCCUUGCGGCCACUAUAGUCUCGAACGCCAUCGUCCUUGGCUCCUUCCUACGUGAUCGAGGUCUGAAAAAAGCGAAGUUCAAGGCUCCAUCUACUACAGAUAGCAUGGAGCGCAGAGGUUCCACUCGUACGCACACACUCCAGCAAUGGGGCAGUGAUGAAGAUCUUGCGCGGUCACUUGGCUACCGAACAAAACCGGAGCUGGCCGAAAAGAAGACGAGUGUGCCCAGACCAGCACCCAUGGCCGAUCUUGGUGUCCUAGCACCGACGCAACAGCCUGGACCUUUCGUGAAUACAAACUGGCAAUUCCCAGGCAAAGGAAACGAUUCACUACAGUCCACCGGUAAUACGACUACCAAAGCGGCGGAUAUCCGAGACCCUAUGCCUAGUCCCCGCGCCAGCAGCGGCAGACGGGUUUCGUUCUUUGAUGUCGGUGGCUUGCUAGAGAACGGAUCAACCACCUCGCCUUCACCCACUGAUUCCGUGAUUGCGCAUGACUUCGCAGCGCAGCCACGUCGAGGAUCAAGAGCCUCCAACUCGAUAAUGUCUAAUGGGCGCGCAUAUCCUCCACCAGCACGUCGAUCGUCACGCCUAUCACAACAAUCCGAAGACUACGAGAUGUCUUCACGCCCUGGCAACCAAUUGCGCGACCCCGGCGGCUUGCUGUCGGAGCAUCGCGAGAUUGAGAUGGAGCGGCAAGCUGGCCCAUCUCCCUCGACACAUUCAAGCUCAUCAAACAGCCUCGCCCUCCAACAUGCCCGUAGCAGCUCGUUGCAUCGCAGCCCAACGCAGACAAGCUACAACGUUCCAUCACUCCAGGACGUUGGGGGUCUCGCCACUACGCGCUCACAUGUACCCAUGACACGUAGCUCUACGCAUACCAGCUACGAUGUUCCAUCUCUGCAGGAUGCUGGUGGGCUACUUUCCAUGUCAUCUUCUCCUUCCAAAUGA